CUGCAAGAGAAAACAUCCCCCAAAGAGCACACAACCUUGGCUGGAGGCGGCGGCAGGGCGAAUCUCCGCAGUCUGAGAUAACUCCACGCUUCCCACCAUCCCCUCCCCCACUCACCGUCCUACCUCGCCUCCCAUUUUCCUCCCCCCAGCGAAUCCAACCCCACCCCUCCCUCCCCUGUUACACCAAGAGCCAAACCCCUAGCUAGCCACCCCUAGAUCUCCCAUUCUCCUCCCGGCCGCGCUGCCGAUCCGGCGAUGGCGUCCAAGGCGAAGCUCGGCGAGCUAAUGUGGGAGCACCGGCUCCAGGCCGCGGCCCUGGUGGCGGUCGUGGCGGCGACCGCCGUCUCGAUCUCCGCGCUCGGGCCGAGGCUCGGCGCCGUGCUGUCCUUCUUCUGGCCGCUGCUCGUCUCCACGGGGUUCUUCCUCGUGGCCGUCACCGUGCUGCUCCGGAUCUCGCCCCCGCCCGCGGGCGCCGACGAGUCCGGCAAGGAGCUCAUCGACUUCGUCGCCGGGUGCCGCCCGGAGCACCUCGUCCCGGACGCCGCGGCCGUGGCCGCCGUGGAGGCGCCGCCGGAGCCGGAGAUCUAACGCCCGGCCUGCCGGAGGAGGAGGAGGCUGGCUGGCACCAUUCGAGCUCGCGGUCCGCGGCGUGCUCCGUCCGCCGGGGCGACUCCAGCAGUGCCACGGUGGGGGCAACCUGUACGGGCCCACCUGUAAGUGCCGGGUGGGCUGCCCCGGCCGGCGCGCGGCCGUGGCUUCGGUAGCGUAGGACUUCUCCAUGUCUCCCUGCUGGUCCGGUGUAACAUACCGUGGAAUUCAAUAAUGAAUCAUGGCAUAAAAUAAAAACCAUCCUCGCCGGA